GCCCCGCCCCCCUGCGGGAGCGUCCCCUCGCGGCCGGGUCUCGCGGCUCCACGCCGGCUGAAGACAGCGGCUCGCGGCGGCGUAAGUUCGUCAAAGAUGAAAGUGACCUUAUCGGCUUUGGAUACUUAUGAGACUUCUUUCACGCCUUUGGUGGUCAUAGAACUUGCUCAGGAUGUCAAAGAAGAAACCAAAGAAUGGCUGAAAAGCAGAAUUAUUGCUAAGAAGAAAGAUGGAGGUGCCCAGUUGCUGUUCAGACCCCUGUUAAAUAAGCAGGAAAAGGAAACACUAGGAAAUGAGAACUUGUACCUCGUGGGUGCCUCCAGGACCCGCCUGCUUCUGGGCGCGGAGGCAGUGGGGCUGGUGAGAGAGUGCAUGGAUGGCACCAUGCGCGCCUUCACCUAUGGCACCCGGCUCAGCUUCAGAGGCUUCCACGAUGACAAUGACGAUUUCCUCACCAUGGCAGAAUGUCAAUUCAUUGUCAAACAUGAGCUGGAAAAUCUUAGAGCUAGAGAUGAGAAGAUGAUCCCGGGGUACCCUCAAGCGAAGCUGUAUCCAGGAAAGUCUCUGUUGAGAAGGCUGCUCACGUCUGGCAUUGUGCUCCAGGUGUUCCCGCUGCACGACAACGAGGCCCUGAAGAAGCUGGAGGACACCUGGUACACUCGCUUCUCCUUGCACUAUCAGCCCGUAGACCAUAUUCGUGGCUACUUUGGGGAAACGAUUGCUCUUUACUUCGGGUUUUUGGAGUUUUUCACUUUUGCCUUAAUCCCCAUGGCUGUCAUUGGACUGCCAUACUACUUGUUCGUGUGGGAGGACUAUGACAAGUACGUGAUCUUCGCCUCCUUCAACCUCAUCUGGUCCACCGUGAUCCUGGAGGUGUGGAAGCGCGGCUGUGCCGACAUGACCUACCGGUGGGGGACGCUGGUCAUGAAGAGACAGUUCGAGGAGCCCCGGCCUGGGUUCCAUGGGGUCCUGGGUGUCAAUCCGGUCACCGGCAGGGAGGAGCCCCUCUACCCAAGCUACAAGAGGCAGCUGCGCAUCUACCUGGUCUCCCUGCCGUUCGUGUGCCUCUGCCUGUACUUCUCUCUGUACGUCAUGAUGAUCUACUUUGACAUGGAAGACUGGGCCUUGCAUGUCCAUGAGGAAAGUGGGACCGAGUGGACCAGCGUCCUGCUGUACGUGCCCAGCAUCAUCUACGCCAUUGUGAUUGAGAUCAUGAACCGCCUCUAUCGCUACGCUGCCGAGUUCCUUACUGCCUGGGAGAAUCACAGAUUGGAAUCUGCCUACCAGAAUCACCUCGUUCUGAAAGUCUUAGUGUUCAACUUCCUGAACUGCUUCGCCUCCCUCUUCUACAUCGCCUUCGUCCUGAAGGACAUGAAGCUUCUGGGCCAGAGCUUGGCCACCCUCCUGAUCACCUCCCAGGUCAUUAACCAAAUCCUGGAAUCUCUUCUUCCUUACUGGCUGCAAAAGAAGCACAGUGUGAAGGUCAAGAGGAAGGUGCAGGCUUUAAAGGUGGACGUUGAUGCCACAUUAUAUGAACAGGUCAUCUUGGAAAAAGAAAUGGGGACGUAUUUGGGCACCUUUGAUGACUACUUGGAGCUCUUCCUGCAGUUUGGUUAUGUGAGCCUCUUCUCCUGUGUUUACCCCUUAGCAGCGGCCUUUGCUGUGCUAAACAACUUCACAGAAGUCAGUUCAGAUGCCUUAAAGAUGUGCAGGGUCUUCAAACGUCCAUUCUCGGAGCCUUCAGCCAGCAUUGGUGUGUGGCAGUUGGCUUUUGAAACAAUGAGUGUCAUAUCUGUGGUCACAAAUUGUGCUCUGAUUGGAAUGUCGCCGCAAGUGAACGCAAUCUUUCCAGAGUCAAAAACGGACCUCGUUCUGAUUGUGGUUGCAGUGGAGCACGCACUCCUGGCUCUGAAGUUCAUACUUGCGUUUGCCAUCCCUGACAAACCACGCCACGUGCAGAUGAAACUGGCCAGGCUGGAAUUUGAGUCUUUGGAGGCCCUGAAGCAGCAGGUAACAGAAAAGAAUGUCCAGUGUUUCUUUUGUAAGUGACAGAGACAGUUCCCA